AUGCUGAUCCUGAAUGAUCCUGACUGGCAACCACUGGGUUUAUUCAAUCGCACGUAUAGCAAUACAGACCACGGAAAGCCAAGAGCAUCCGAUAUCAAUGAUAACCGCAACCUACUGAUAUUAGGUAACGUAAUUGCGAUGUCAGCGCUUCAUUCAAAUUGUUCCCGCGGUAAACGCGUUGUUCCUGUACGAACAGCGGGGGGGGGGGGAAUUGGAGAAACCCUUUGGGACACUUUUAUGCAUCGUCUAGAAACACUAUCGCAGUGUAAAAAGAACGUACUUCUACUGUUCAGUGGAAAUAUUUGAUGGAAAUAUACAACAUUGCCCAAAGAGUCUAAUUAUCAUGAAUUUUUCACUCAUAACAGCCUUUAUGAAUUAAAGGGAAAGAACGCGUUAAACAUCAAUCUUUUUAGAAAUAUAAAAAAGAAGACUGCAUUCGUCAUUAAA